AUGCUCUCGGAGAAUGAGACUGACCAUGCGGCCGACGGCGAUCUCACAGCCGACGUAAAUCCCCCCGCAAGGGACUCGGUGGAUCGCGAGCAAGGCGCAAAUCAUUCCGCCAGUGGAGACCGAGUGGAACAAGGAGCAGGCGCUGGCCAGGUGCAAUGCUCUGUGUGUAGUAGCACCUUUCGACGUCCGGAACAUCUGAAGCGCCAUUUGCGCAGUCAUACCAAGGAAAAGCCGUUUGAGUGCGCACAAUGUGGCCGCCACUUCUCCCGGACCGACACCCUCCAUCGGCAUGAGUUGAGUCAUCAUACCCCCGGAGGGGAAGGAGGAAAGGAUCGUCCGCAUCGCAUCACCGUUAAAACAUUCAGGGCAUGCUUUAGUUGUGCGACGGCCCGAGUCCGAUGUAGCGGAGGCAUGCCGUGCGGACGCUGCGAUACUCGCUCGCUCGAAUGUCAGUACCCGACGGAGAGAAGGUCUAAAGCAAGGCUACGCAAUGGAAGUUUCAAGGGACCGUCAGUUAUGGAGCCUCUGGAGUCAGAACCCCAGUCGCCUCGAAUCUCGUCACCUCGGCCGAGUGGAAACAAUGUGGCUCAUCCACACGAUAUUCCCUCCCAUCAACUCGGCCAAUUCUCAAUUAAUGCAGUAAAUGAUUCGCCAGGCUCACCCAAGACAUCAAUACACCCUUUUACAAGCCCCACAGAUCCUCGAUCGGAAAACAAAUCAUCGGAAGGACGGGGUUCUGUUGCAGGCCCUUCCAAUCCUCAACUCUAUACCCCAUCUGCCAAUCCCACUGCCGACGCCCCCACCUUACCGCCGAAUGUCUAUCAGAAUGGAGAGUACAACCCGGGAUAUGGCGAACUUUCAAAUCCCGGUAUACUCCCUGUGGGUACUACAGCCAACCUCGUUCCCGGAAUGAGGGAGGUCGAGGCUGGGAUAAGUGCCCCGGGAGUUGAUAUGGAUAUCGACAUGACCGGAAACCCGGAAAUGGCAUUAGGUUUUGACCCCUCGAUAUUCGAUCAAUCGAUGCUCUCUACGAUCAAUUGGCUGCCGAAUGAGUUUUUUGCCGGCCCAACAAAUGACCAAUCCCAAUCCUCCAGGGUUCCACAGCAUUUCUCUCAAGGCACCUUCCCGGAGAGCUAUGGGCCAAGAUUCUGGCAGCCUUCGGUGAUCAACGCUGACAAUAUAAGCUCAUCGGUUCCUGAAAACAAUACCCAUACCCCGUCCGGACCUCUUUCUCUAGGUACUGACAUGGGAAGCCCGAGGCGCUACUCGCACGUCGGGAGUGAAUCAUCACCGCACGCGGAAUCGGUGGAUUCUGGCAAGCGUUCAGCCGACUUCUACGUUGAUGGUGGUGGCGCCAGGCUUCCGAGGUACAGAAAAAAACAAACCCCUUGGUCUACCUCCUCAACCGACCUGCCAACCGCAACGGGACAAGCCGUGUGCGAAAACAACACACGUCGAUUCGGCUUCCCGGGCAUACAGGAGGUUAAUUUGGAGAAUAUCUCGGAAGACGUGCUCCGUUCGAUUCGACCUAUUGAAGCGACAACCUACGACGAAAUAUAUCGCAAUUUUCUCUUACUCUGCCGAAAUGAUAACCCGUUCUUCGAAAUGUUCGAAACCGAGAACUUUCCAAGACCGGAAGAAUGCACUCGAUAUAUUGCCUGCUAUUUUGAUUCAUUCCAGGCGGUUUACCCAAUAUUCCAUGUUCCCACGUUUGAUGUGAAUCAGUGCCAUUGGAUCCUGGCUUUGGCUAUUCUAGCAAUCGGCUGUCAUAGCUCUAGUAUCCAUGAUGCCGAUCAGUGCACAGCUGCUUUUCAUGAGAUGCUCCGAAGGGCCAUACACGUCGAGAAGGGAAAGCGUCAAACUGGAUCGACUCCUCUGAGUCUGCUCCAGGCCAUGCUGCUCAACUGUCUUGGACUGUUCCACAGCGGGAUUGAAAAAGACAAGCUAUUAGCUCUAAGCUCUUUCAAAGAACUCGUGAGCUUUGUGCAAAAUAAGAAGCUGCUGGUCGCCUCCAAGCCAUUGAAGGAAUCAAGCAGGAUCUCAGGAGAAGUUUUAUGGCAGAAAUGGAUCGAUGAUGAAACUCGGAAGCGGACUGGCUACUGUGUCUGGCUUGUGGAUUGCACGCUUGCUUAUUACCUUGAUGAGCGACCCCUCCUCUCCUUGGAUGACGGACAAGCUGCAUUGCCCGCGCAUGAGAAACUUUGGCAGUCGAGCACGAUGGAAGAUUGGAAGCAGCUUUGGAACCAAUCUAGCGUGAACGAAUCGCUCUAUGAUUCCGUACAUAUCCUAUAUAUUGAGAAGAGACUUGUCUGUGGUAUUGGCGAAUUCAGUCACAUCCUGCUCAUCCACGCUCUGUACCAUCGAAUGUGGGAAGUGGGCGAUUACUUCCGCCGACCUCUAUCAUUCUGGAACCCAACCGCGAAAAAGCAAUCUCGGGAGACUGCUAUCCCCACGGGUUCUGUUUGGCUCCCGGGAAUCCCAUCAUACUCUAAAUGGCGCAACAGCGCUUGCGAUUGCUUGGAUAUCCUCCACUGGACGGCUAAUAGCACCAUCGCCAAAGCUGCAGGCUUGGAACAUCCUACCGUUUUACAUCUCCACGCCGCUCGACUUGUUCUGUUGGCACCGUUCCGGGAGAUUCGCUCGCUUGCAACGUCUCUCGUGACGGACAAGCUACGGUGGAGCAAAAGACAUCAAGCCAUUGAAUGGCAGUAUAUCUGGCGCUGGAUUAAACAUGAUCAGUACAAAGCUCGGCUGUCGAUGAUCCAUGCUGGAGUGACCCUCUGGCAUGUCAGGAGAUACUCUACAAAUGCAUUUCAUGAGCCAGUCGCGGCAUUCCUCGCAGUUCUCACCCUCUGGGCAUACGGGGCCUGCCAUGCUCACGCACCCCAAGACUCGAGUCCGCACACUCAAGCUUCUCGAAACGAGCCAUUGCAGGAGCCAAGCUUUAUCCAUUUAGAUCGGCCGUGUGACGAUGAGCUCGUGCAGCUAUUUGUUCGUGAAGGCCACUCUAUGAGAGGGAAUGUUACGGGCGUGGGAGAUAUUUGUGCGCCCGAGGGCCCUGAGAGAAUUUUGCGAGUUGGCUGUGAGACUCUUUCGGGUUUGACUGCUUGGGGUCAGUCGAAGAAAUUCGUCUCGAUUCUGACUCGUCUUGCGGAUCUUGUGUCACAAGGGGAACAGAGCCGCAAUCCAAACACGGAUGCUUGUUGA